CCAAACCAUCCCUCCUUCCCCUUUUCUUCAUCACUAAAACAGAUGAGUCGCUAACUAAGUAGGCGAGACGAGAGGCAGAGAGAAGAUUAAUUGAGGAUGGUGGGUUCACGCACACCUAGUCCUCGCAUAGAUUCGUUUGACUACAGAAUUGAGCUUUUGUCCCCUCCUCCGCCGGGAGAGAGUGUCGCCGCCGUACCAUCAUGGCGCCUAGACAUCGACAAGUUCCAGUUGCCGUCCCAUCCUCAACGGCAUCAGAGGCAGAGUCGGAGGCAGGGCCACUCUGUCUCUGAGAAUUGCAAUAUUCCCUCUUUUCUUGCACCAUUUAUGAGUAAUUACAUUUUACAUGAUUAUUAAUACUACAAGUAUUUAUUUAUGAUGAUACCUUCAUCUACGUGACUACGUCCAUCUCCAAUUUAGUCACGAUUAAUUGGUAGGUUAGGUAGAUAACAUUAACAUACUUGAAUUAUUGAUCGUAAACUACAGACAAGGAAAGGGAGGUUGCCCAAUACUACAGGGCCCAGCAAAACCUUCUCAAGGAGUUCAACGAAGUGGACUCUUUUGCCGAGAUGGGUGUUCUGCCUGGGGAAUUGACUGAGAAGGAACUGAAACAAGUGGCAAGAGGGGAGAAAUUGGCAAUCUAUGUGUCGAACGUGGCGAAUUUGGUGUUGUUCGCGGCCAAGGUGUAUGCAUCAGUGGAGAGCAGAUCGAUGGCGGUGAUAGCUUCGACGGUGGACUCUUUCUUGGACCUCAUGUCUGGCUUCAUUCUCUGGUUCACUGAUCAUGCCAUGAGAAAGCCCAAUCAGUAUCGGUACCCGAUUGGAAAGCAGAGGAUGCAACCCGUGGGGAUAGUGGUUUUCGCCUCGGUAAUGGCUACUUUGGGGCUUCAAAUCAUCUUCGAAUCUGGGAGGGAACUCAUCGCAAAGCAGGCUAAACCAGAGGAUGACCCUAACAAAGUGAACUGGAUGAUUGGGAUCAUGGCAUCAGUCACUCUGAUCAAAUUUGGGCUCACCGUAUAUUGCCGCCGAUUCCAGAACGAAAUUGUGAGGGCCUACGCGCAAGACCAUUUCUUUGACGUCAUCACCAACUCAAUCGGUCUAGCAGCUGCUAUAUUGUCCAUCAAAUUCUACUGGUUUUUAGACCCACUUGGAGCCAUUCUUAUAGCGGUGUACACAAUUUGGAAUUGGUCAGGAACAGUGAUGGAGAACGUGGGGUCAUUGAUAGGAAGAACUGCGCCACCGGAGUACUUGGCAAAGCUCAUAUAUCUGAUAUGGAACCACCACAAGGAGAUCAAGCACAUUGACACUGUAAGGGCCUAUACGUUUGGCUGUCACUACUUUGUGGAGGCAGACAUAGUGUUGCCCGCAGACAUGUCUCUGUGCGAGGCCCAUAACAUAGGCGAGACACUCCAAGAGAAGAUGGAGCGACUCCCAGAAGUGGAACGAGCUUUCGUCCAUGUCGAUUUCGAGUUCACCCAUCAACCAGAGCAUAACCCAAAGCGAUUGACAUCCAAAUCAUGAUUUCUCUCCCAUACAAGAGGAAUUAACGUGUAGCUUUAUUGUUCUUGAUGAAUGAUGAUGAUGAGGCCACACAUGGUGGGGUUGCAAUCAGCAGCAACAACAUUUGGCAUGUGUGUAUGAUUGUUUGUUGUAGCACCGAGCUUGUCCUUCUCCGUCAUUUUAAUUGCUUGCUAGCUGUAUAGGUUGGCUGGAGUUGGACCUGGACGGAUUGCUAAUAUAUUGAAUCAAUAUUAAUGUAACACUAAGUUGAAGGAAAUCACAGAACACUCAUAACUUGUGUUUGGA